GACCGGCGGGCUGAGGAGCGGGCGCCGCGAUGGCCGAGGGCAGCGCAGUGUCAGACCCUCAGCACGCCACGCGCCUACUGCGAGCGCUCAGCUCUUUCCGCGAGGAGUCCCGCUUCUGCGACGCGCACCUGGUCCUCGACGGGGAGGAGAUACCGGUACAGAAGAACAUCCUGGCGGCUGCCAGCCCGUACAUCAGGACAAAGUUAAACUAUAAUCCUCCAAAAGAUGAUGGAUCAACCUAUAAGAUUGAACUUGAAGGGAUAUCGGUAAUGGUUAUGAGAGAGAUCCUGGAUUACAUCUUCAGUGGGCAGAUCCGGCUGAGCGAAGAUACUAUCCAAGAUGUUGUGCAGGCAGCAGACCUGCUCCUGCUGACGGAUCUUAAAACUCUCUGCUGUGAGUUCUUAGAAGGCUGCAUUGCCGCCGAGAACUGCAUUGGAAUCCGAGACUUUGCACUCCACUACUGCCUGCACCACGUCCAUUACCUGGCCACAGAAUACCUGGAGACUCACUUCCGAGAUGUCAGCAGCACAGAGGAAUUCCUAGAACUGAGUCCUCAAAAGCUUAAAGAAGUGAUUUCUCUUGAGAAGUUAAACGUUGGCAAUGAACGAUAUGUAUUUGAAGCAGUCAUCCGAUGGAUAGCACAUGAUACAGAAAUAAGAAAGGUCCACAUGAAGGAUGUCAUGUCAGCGCUGUGGGUUUCAGGGUUGGACUCAAGCUAUUUACGGGAGCAGAUGCUGAAUGAGCCGUUAGUCCGAGAGAUUGUCAAAGAGUGCAGCAACAUCCCUCUCAGCCAGCCGCAGCAGGGUGAGGCCAUGCUCGCCAGCUUCAAGCCCCGGGGCUACUCGGAGUGCAUCGUGACUGUUGGCGGAGAGGAAAGAGUUUCGCGGAAGCCAACAGCAGCGAUGCGAUGUAUGUGCCCCCUUUAUGACCCUAAUCGGCAGCUGUGGAUUGAACUGGCCCCUUUAAGCAUGCCGAGAAUCAACCACGGAGUCCUCUCAGCAGAAGGAUUUUUGUUUGUAUUUGGGGGCCAAGACGAAAAUAAGCAGACCCUGAGCUCAGGAGAAAAGUAUGACCCAGAUGCAAACACAUGGACCGCACUGCCACCAAUGAACGAGGCAAGACAUAACUUUGGAAUUGUGGAGAUAGAUGGGAUGCUGUACGUUUUAGGAGGAGAAGAUGGUGAAAAAGAGCUAAUUUCCAUGGAAUGUUAUGAUAUUUAUUCUAAAACCUGGACAAAGCAACCCGCUUUAACCAUGGUUAGAAAGAUUGGCUGCUAUGCAGCUAUGAAAAAGAAAAUCUAUGCCAUGGGUGGAGGAUCAUAUGGAAAACUCUUCGAGUCUGUGGAAUGUUAUGACACACGGACCCAGCAGUGGACCGCUAUCUGUCCACUGAAAGAGAGAAGGUUUGGAGCUGUAGCCUGUGGAGUCGCCAUGGAACUGUAUGUAUUUGGGGGAGUCAGAAGUCGUGAGGACAUCCAGGGGGGCGAGAUGGUAACCUGCAAGUCGGAAUUCUACCACGAUGAGUUUAAAAGGUGGAUCUAUCUUAAUGACCAGAAUUUAUGCAUCCCCGCCAGUUCCUCUUUUGUGUACGGAGCUGUCCCCAUAGGAGCCAGUAUCUAUGUCAUCGGAGAUCUUGAUACAGGUACCAAUUACGACUACGUGCGCGAGUUCAAAAGGAGCACGGGAACCUGGCACCACACCAAGCCCCUCCUCCCCUCCGACCUCCGCCGCACCGGGUGUGCAGCCUUACGUAUUGCGAAUUGCAAGCUUUUCCGCCUGCAGCUUCAGCAGGGCUUGUUCCGCAUCCGUGUUCACUCACCUUGACGGGGCCGCGGCGCGGAAGCGGAGCUCCUGACCAAGCGCGCCGGGACGCGGCGCUCUGCGAGGGGACAGAGAUGGCAGGCGACCCUUGCUCUGCGCCGGCCUCUGUGCGGUAACAGGAGUGGUUUUCUAACGCUUAGAAGCCUGGGCUUCCAGCUCUUGUUCGGGAGAACACGUAACUGCUGAAAAAAAACGAGGAGGAGUCAGUUCCUCCAGGAGAUGUGUCCCUAGACCAACCGGGCUAGUCAGCGUCAGAGGAAAAGGGAAGUGGGAAUCCGUGUCAUGUAAAAUCAGGAAGUUAUAGCACCAAGGUGCAUGUUCCCCGCGGGGAACUCACGUCUGCCUGACCGCUCUGUUCGAGUACCUGGCUUUGGUUAACAAACGAGCAAACAUGCAUAUAUCAACAUAUCCAAACAUACCGGGGUUGCUUUUCCACUGCACUUGGAAGGAGAUAUUAUGCCUAACUCUGCCCAACAAUUUAAGGUUUGUGCCUAAAAUGUUAGAUUGGACUCAAUGCCAGUUAGUCUCCACUUACUACUAGUUGUCCGUCCUAAGAAUCUUUUUUAAACUAAAUUAUGAUGAAUUGAAACUAAGAUAAAAUUUCUCUUUUAUGACAUUCUAUCUUAGUAAUCCAAAGGAGUCAAUAAAUUAAGGAGUCAGGUGGCAGCCCUCCCAUGAAUUUAAAGGAAGUUGCUGACUUCUGUGUUAAUUCAGAUGAAGAUGUGUCAUGCCGUCAUUUCUGGGGUUGCGAAGGAUCUCAUGCAGUGCCAGUCUUCCUUUCCAACUAACCAGAACUGUUUUAUAAAUAUGAGGAUAUUAGUGAGUAGGAGAUUUUGUAAAAGAAGGACCUGAGCCGGACAAAUAAUAAAGGUCUGCUAUGACCAAAAAAAAAAAAAAGUCCAGAGGAAAUAUAUAGGGAUCAAAAACUUCUAAAAGUAAUCUGUCUGAAAGCACACAGAGUCUUGUUUACUACUGUCUAGGAUUUGAAAACGUGUCUUGGAAUGCAAAUCCACGUUAAGAAUCUAGUCUUUGUAGCAGAAUUUUCUCAAUGCCGUUCACUAGUACGAGUUUCAGACAAACUACAUUACAAGUAAAGGUUGGCUGGUAGAAUAAACUACCUCAACUUAAUUUCAUUCUGUUCCUGUAGAGCAAAUUAAUCCUUUCCUCCUUCCCUCCCUCUCACUCCCAUGUCGACCCACUCAACCCCACUCCUCAAAGGGGAAAAAGUCUGUCAUUAGUGGUACUUACCUUGUAAGAUAUUUUGUUUUCCAUUCGAAUUAUACCACCUUAGUGUGAAACCAAGGAGUUCAAAGUGCUUGAUGACUUCAUCAUUUGAAUUUUAUGCAAUAUCAGAUUUCUAAUCAAUUUAAUAUAGAGCUCUGCAUUUCUAAUUGUUUUCUACAGCUUCCCCCCCCCCUAGUAUAUGGCUAUAAGAAGCAGCAUUUAGUCUUAAUGAUUAAUAGAUGUAUAAGUGUAUCCUUUGGUUAUAAAUUUGAGAAUAGGAAUUUCUCCUAGAAACUUCCUACCUGGAAUGUCUGUAUGCUUUACCCAUGCAUAUGAAACAUCACUUGUCUUUUCCCACCCAGGAACAGUAGAAGUCAAUCCAGUGCUAGAAAAGUCACUGAGCAGCCUUGUCUGUGGGAAUUCUAAAGAAUGUUGUGUGUGCGCAUUAACUCUCCAUCCUGGCAGAGACAUGGGUAAGAGGAGGUACAGGGUUUUCCUCUUCUCUGUCAGAGGCACUGGGCCAGAUUUGCCGGCCAUUCACAUAACAGUCAGAUUUGACGCGUAAGUCAAAGCCAGCCUCUUUGCUUUGUGCCGUGUACCGGUCAGCAGUUGUCUGCAUGCUUUCCCCAGGAUACCUUGGGUGUCUUCUGAUCCAAGCAAACUGCAUGGCCACUGCAAAGAAAGAAAACUUUCUUGUACAACUAGAUGUUAGUUUUAGAGGAAAUAAAUUUCUGAAAAAGUGGGUUUUCUUUGAUAAAAUGUCCCAUACAGAACAGAACCUUGGCCUUCAGAAGCCACAGCUGAGGUAUGUUAAAGUGGUAACUGAUGUCCUAUUAAAGCCAUGACAGUCAGCAAUUCUCUUUUCUUUAAUUUCUGAAAUUUAAAGUCCUUCCCAGGCUACGCCAGGCCUCUCCAAGGAGACAGUUCAUUGUUUAGGAGUGAAUGGGUCCCUGUUGCAGUAUUAUCAGUGCCUGCAUGACUUGGUCAAUUCAUUUUAUAAAAGUAGUUUUUUGUUGUUUUUUUUUUAAUUUAGUUCAUUGACACUGUAGCUGCAGAAAAAAUUAGGUAACUUUUUUCAAAUUAAAUUUGCUGCAUAAUAUGGGAUGCAAUAAACAAGAAAAGCUGCUAAGUGCCAAACUGUUAUUUUACUAUAUAAUAAUAUAAAAAUAUUACAUUGAAAUGUAGGCAUGUAUUUAGUUUUAUGAUAUUCCAAAAUUAAUCAUGACUUUUUUGUAAAUUACAGUUACUUUAGUAUCGUGAAAAAAUUUUUAACUAAUUUCACACAGGUUUGUGUUUUAACCAUCCACUUAUGCCUUGAAAUACCCUUUCUUGGUAAAUUUUUGAUACUUCUUUUUCCAUUAGGCACUUUUAUCAGGUGUAUAUUGGAAUUGGCAGCAGAAGAUAGAUCUUAAAAUUUUAAAUACAGUAUCUUUGGGGGAAGUGCAAUUUAUUUUCAUUAUCCACCAACAGAAGGAAAGUUGUCUCAGCUCAGAGUAAUUUAAAGUAUUUCUUCUAGGCUACGGUCUAAAGUAGGUUUGUUUGUUUCUUUGUUUAACACAUCCAAAUACAGAUUUUUUUUCAAAGAUUUAAGUGUUUAAUUUAAAAUGAAGUUUUAAAUUUUUUUGUGAUCGUGCUUAUAUCCUGUGAGAGUAAAAGUGUGAGAGAGAGUGUGUGCGUGAGUGUGUGUAUGUGUGUGAUGUGACUAGCUAAGUCUGUUUGUAUAUGUUUAGCUUUGGAAUUGUCGUUCCAAAGUACAUAUAUUAUUGUCUCCUGGUGCUUCAGAUAAAUUCUUGAGCCUGUGGUCCUUCAGUUUAUACUACUGUGUUAACUCAUGUUGAGUGUAUAUAUUGAUGUAUUUGUAGUUUGUAGUAAGUUUUACUUGGCGUUUGCAUUUCUUUUCUUUAGCAUAUUAAAAACAGUGUUAGUGUUUACCAACUCAUAGUUGGUAUGUUAUAAAGAAUUGGCCUAAGAAAUUUAUAAAUUCCUCGUGUCUUUUACUGCUAUGAGGAGUUGAUAGCUGACAGUAGGCUUUUUUCAAACUGUGCAACCAGCAGAAGAGAGUAUCUGGGGGAUGCUGGACGGCGUGUUGCUUGCCUUGAAGUGUUCUGUUAUCCUGCACGACCACUUUAAUGACGGCGCUUUCUUCGGUGAUGCUGUGGAAGUGCCAUUUUGUCAUUUAUGAGUGAGGAGUCCCCUAGGCAAUGCCUGGGAGAUACAUCCUUUAUAUCGAUGUGGUAAAGACAGGGCUCCUUUGCUGUGGCGCUGCAGUUACUCAGGGUAGCAAGUUAGGUUUUUAGAGAAAUGUGUUAGCUGCUUAGGUCCUUUGGGGUUCCGUUUGGUGUGUUCCUGCUUCAUUACGCCAAACCAGGGAUCUCCAGAAGUUUUCCGAGGAGCAUUAAAAACACUGCGGUAUUACCUUCCGGAAUGUUGUUUUUCUUGAUUCAAGAGGAGGCUGCCUGUGAUCAGGUGAAGACAUGUGAUUAUCCGGGGAAAGAAUGAGGCAGCACUUUCACCACAUCAGUUUUGAAGGUGCUGGAACCCCCGUACAGAGCACCCAGUGGAAGGGAAGGGAAAGGUGAGGCUGCUCUGGUUCAGUAGCUGCCCCUGGAGCCGUGAGAGAAGAGACUCCAACCGGCACAGAAAAGCCCGCCCUGGGUUUAAUCAACAGUGUUGACUGAGCACCUACUCAGAAUUCUGCUUGGGUUUCUGGGGAGCUUCACAGUGAGGCAGAUGAAAUCCUGCCCUCCCUCCAGACUGUAAACUCCUUGUGGGCAGGAACCCUACUUUAGUCUUCUGCUAAUCCUAGUGCUUGGCACACAGUAGGUAGUCAAUAAAUGACCAACGAAUACAGUGUCCUUGUGAUCCCGGUGACGUUCUACACAGGAUUGAAAGGGACUUACUUUUAAGUGAGAAACUUUGCACACAGAUAGGCCGGCCUCAUAAUACAGAGUGGGAAACCAGUACAGAAUAAAAAACGCAAAGUGCCUGACUUAUAUGUGACGCACAGCUCUGUGGUCUCCAUAUGUUCUGGAGAAUUUUUGAGACCCUGUACUCAGCACACCCAAUAAUGUUUACGGCAUCUAAUGUUGGGUUUUGUUCACUGCUUUUUCUGUGGGGCUCAAAAUCUUUUCCAGAACGUACUGCUUUGAUCCUCACAUCUCUGUGAUGGGUGCAGUGCUCUCCAUUGGACAGAAAGCAGCCUUUGAGGCCCAGUAGAUACAGCUUCAUUCCCCGCUUCAGAUGUGAGUAGAAGCCAAAAAGUGGAAUCUGGUCUUUGGAUUAUCAGUUUCACUGUUCAGUGUAUUAGAAUAUCACUUAAUUUUUUAGGCAUACAAGUAUUUUUAAUCAUAUGAUAAUCAUUUAUGGUAUAACUUAAACCCCCAAACGUAUCCUUUGCAAGUUGCACAAAUAUAAACUAAAAGAUCUUUGGUUUUCUUUGUCAUUUAGCUGUGGGAAAUUUAAGAAUUUACUAAAGUUGUAAGAACAGAAGUCAUAAGCGUUUGUGUUUGAGAGAGAAGCUGUUUCUACUUUUAAAAGCUGAAGCUUCAUUUAUCCUUCCCUUUCUUACCACAUCUAACCAGUAAGGGAAAAGAUACUCUGUCUUAGAAUGUUGAGGGAAGCAUUUUGCUAGCUUUCUAGUAAUCCCUGAAGUAUUCCCUAGAGCUGGUUGAUAGAAGUUUAUGGUACAAGGGUGAGGAAUGCCCCACUUGCCCACAUUUGAGGGGAGUGUGAACUUAGGUGAGUUAAUCCUGCCUGCUGGCAGCGGAGUCCUCCUGGUCUUGAACUGGAGACUUCCUCUAUUUUUUGGCAAACCAGCUAGUAAAAAUUCUAAAUUUUUUGUAAUUUUGUUUCAGAGGUAAUUCUAUUAUUUUAAUUUUAAACAUAUCUCGACUUGGUCUCUGCAGUAUGCGACGUGUGAGAAGCUCAGAUGUAGCUCUAUAUUCUUUGGACUGAUGCAUACUGCUUAGGAAAGUUAGUUCUUUUCAAUUCUAUCAUUGACGUUCUCUAAACGAAUGGAUUUUUAAACUCCUUCCCUUUCUUAUGAAAUCAAAUAUCUAAUAACGUUGCAUAAUGAUCUAGUGAGAAAUGUCUGUUGCCUUCUCUUUUUCAUGUUGAGAUAAAAACUCAUCUUUUAAAAUUGCUACUCACCUGAAAUUUAGGCUAAUUAUAAUUUUUGAUAUUGACGUCUUCAUGGCCCAACAAAGUUGUUGUAGACUCUUAAAUCACUGUGAUCUGAAUUAGAGAAGGUGCAGGUAGGAGGGGGUGACAGCCCACGAAGUCUGGGUACAUAUUGCGUAAGAUGACGCGGAGAAAGCUUAGCCACUUCCUGUGACCCUAGUAAAUGAAUGGCCACUUCAAAUCCCGAGUGGCUGUGGGUUCAUCUUUCUUUCUGGUUGGUGAAUUAUAUUUGUUAGAACUUUAUUUUUAGCAUAUCAGUACAGCUUUUUAAGUACCUUAUUUUUAUUCCUCUCACUCAUCAAUCACACACAAGGUGUACCUUAGAACCUUGGGUUAAAUUUUUUCAAGUUAAACCGAGGAAUUUGGUUCACAGUUUGCUUUAUCAUGUUUCCUGUUUAAUCGGAUGAGAAUUACACAUGCGCGUAUUCCCUUGUUCUUCGUGUUUAUAGGAAAGACGCUGUUCUCGGCUACCUCAUUAUGUAGUGUUGUGCUUGAUCCCCUGCCAGUUUAGAAGAAUUCAACACAUUCUGUCCUUUAACAAAAGCCUGGAAACAAGCAGUAAGUGGCCUUGAGGAAUACAAUUCUCUAAGGCGUAGUUUCCAUUUUACUACUUUUUUUAAAAAAAAAUAGGCACUUUUAAUCAGGAGGAACAAUAAUUCUCCUAGAGCUGCUGCAAAGUGAUUACUUGAAACUCAACUUGAACUUUAAAGAGUCUUUACAAGGCUAUGUUUUCAUAACGUAGAAAAGUAGUAUAUUUAAACACCACUGCUGUGUAAAAUAGAGGGCUUCAUUGCCAUUGUCAUUCAGAUCAGACAGGAAAUCUUGUCUAUCUGUAAUUUGACCCAGUGUUUGGGAUUUAGAUGCUUGGGGCUACUGUUUUUCCUAUUCUAUAAGGUGCUAUUGGGAGCAGUUUAAGGGUCUGUUAGGUGUAGUUUCAUGAAUUUGUUUCCCAAGAAUCUUAAUUUUGGUGAAAGUAGAGGGCUCAUCAAGAAGUUCCUCUUCUCUUUUAGUUCUGAUAACCUGGGGUUUUAAAAUGAAACUCUGAAAGGGCAGGGCUGAGUUGACCAAACAACAUAGAACUGCAUUACGCUUAAAAUCACGAGUGAUCGGGUUUGUUUUGUGUGUCAGUGGAACUUCCCCAGCUUCCUCCCGUACGCACCAUCUGCACAGGGCACGUGUGGGUGCUGUCCUUGCCAGCAUCUGUCCGCCUACCUGGCUGGUGAGUGAGGGGGAGCUGCGGGGCCCAUCACUUCUCGUAGACAGACCUUCCCUUCCGGGGGUGACUUCUUAUAGGAAUUACCCAGUACCCUUCAUGGCCAAAAAGAGUUAUGCCCAUUCCUAAAAACCUAGCAUACUAGGAAUAACUUACAUACCAGGUGAGAUCUAAAACCUUAACUGUCCUUGUGCAUUAAGAUUUAAUGGAUGUGCUUGUGCUUUGUAGACUAAAGGGCUUGCUGCUGACAAAGUCCUCGGGGGCUUCUAGCCGUCGGCCAUGAGGCAUUCCCUUAGGUGGUUGCCAAGAGAACCAAGGUUCACCCCUCUAAAGCCCCAAGCUUUUGUAUUGUAAUUGUUUUGAGGAAAAUAUCUGUAAACAUUCUCUGUACUGUCCCAAGUGAACCCAAUGGUUGUGAGCACGCGUGGGCUUCAGGGCCGGGUGCACAUGGGUUUGGAGAUGCUGGCCGCUGGCUGCUUUGUGAGCUUCAAAGCUCUUUACCCCGUAGAAAGAGAUGAUGGGUGUUUACCUGCUGGGGUUGCUGUGAGGAAUCAGUGGAGUAAGGACGGUGAGAACUUGGUGUCUUGCACACAGAUGGGGUGGUUGGGAUCUCAGCUGCCGUUGCCGCCCGACUCAGCCUCUAGUCACUCAUGGUCUUAGCUCUCGCCCUUCGCUGAGUGUCCCCACCCUUAGUGCUUUCUUCAUUCUCACGUCUGCCACCACAAUACACGAGUAAAUGCGUAUUUGCACUUCCAAAAUUAUUUUCUGGAUCCAUGACACCGUUCUCCUCCUACUUCUCUAAGACCUCAAUUCAAGGUAACUCUAGACAGUGGAAACACCCCAAAAUAUGUGUUUAGAAUAUUUAGAGUGGUUAUAAAUAUCCCUUAUUUCAGGGUUUGCCUAAUGAAGUACUCUAGUAAUAUUUAAAACUCUUUCCUGAAGUUGAAUUUUUCUUUUUUCCCUAAAAUAUUAAAGGUAGUAGUCUGUAUUAGUCCAAUAAACUGGAUGUUUUCUAGAUCUCUGUUUGAGAUCAGUAUACCUGAACUAUGCUUUCUGAACUUGGAUGUUAUGUGGAACCUAAAAACAAACAAAGAAACUUUGUGUUACGUGUGUGUGUGUGUGUGUGUGUGUGUGUGUAGAACUCCUGUACCUUCAGGUAAAGAAGGGUUAUUUAACAAAGUGAUACCAAAAGUGAGCUACUUAAUCCUUUUAUAAAAUCACUUCCUUUCCAGUUCAGAUUACAGCCUGGUGAAUUUAGUGGUACGUGACAUACCCAGCUUAUCUUGACUUCAAUAAGGCAUUUGAUAAAGUCAUUCUUGAUAUUUUUGUGAUUGAGAAAAGGGAGUAGAAAUAGGUUUAAAAGGUCUGAGAAAUACCCAGGCAGUGUUGAUAGGAACGGGCCCUUGUGUCAGCACGGAUGGGGGUGAUCUAGCAGUAUGCGUUUUUAACGUUUUCACUACUAACUUAUAUAAAACUAUAGACGGCAGAGGAAAGUGUUGGGUGUUAGGGUCUGCAGUGCUUUUUUUACAGUCUAAUAACAUGGCUAAAUAUAGUCUUAUGUCUAGGUUCAGAGAAGAUAGUUCCCAAUUGAAAGGGAAAGAAAAAAUUGUGUGUGGUGGGUGGGGGGGGGAAUCAUUGAUAAUUUGAACAUAAGCCAACUGUUUAAAAAAAUAGUGCCCUUGUCUGUGUUGGGGGCUGGUAGCCCGAAGAGGAAGUCUGUUCCAUCCACAUGCUGCAUUGAUGGGCCCUGGGAACCGCACUGAGCUGCCGACUCUGGGCACCAGCACCUGGGAGGCCACCUGGAGGAUGAUAGCCGGGGUGGUGGGCUCUCUGGAGGCCCCAGGCUCUGGCCUGCUGGGGGGGCUUUAGAAGGAGCAGAUGUGCGUGCCCCAGAGCGCCUUGCUCAAGCCGAGAGGCAGAAACGGUAGAGGCAGAAUGUUUCUGUCGCUCUUAGAACUUUCUAGAAUUGCCUCGUGAUGAAAUGGGUGCCUCCUGUGGUUCUGAGCGCUCAGCUCUGAGAAUCACCCCAAGGGUGCCCCGUGCAGCUGUGACUAGUGGGUGUGACAGUGUCAACCAUGGGGGUCUUGCACGGUGACAGGAUGUUGUCACAGGCUCCAAAGCUUCUUGCAGAUGAGGUUCUGUGAACAGUUUAGUAAAAAAAGUGGGGGGGGGAUAACGUUUGUAUUUUAGCUUUCACAUUGUUUUUGAGGAGAAGGGCCUCUGUUCCUCCUGACGUGUGCUCUCUCCCCGCCUCCCUCCCCUCCGUCCUCUCUGUUCGCUCACCGCCUCCUGAUUGCAGCCACUGGCCCACGGCUACAGCCAGCUUCAGCCGAACCUUCAGAAAUAGACGUACUUCUAGCGAUUUCCCUAAAGCCAUGUUAACUAGACAGGGAUUCUUGCUGUUUGUAUACUCUUUGUUCUAAAUCCCUUAGUGCCUCUGCAGGCUUAAGAAAGCUGGUAAGUAAAAAUCGGACUCUUAAGCAGGGCCUGGGAUGCCAUCGAGGGCACCGUGUACUGGGGGGAGUUGGGUUGGCUGACCUCUUCCAGCCCCUCCCAGCUCCAGGAAUGGGCACCUCGCUGAUGGGUUACUUUGUCAUCCCUGGAGAAGCGUUUCCAGAGGACCUGCUUCCUCUCGGGUUCUGUCCCUCCCUCUUCUGUGAAAGCCCCUGCAGUCUUCCUCCCAGUUGACGGGGCUGCAGGGGCGCCACUCCCCCUCUGUGUCUCCUCCCGACCCCACCUGCCCCAAAGCCCAGGGACUGAGCAGAGGCUGGGACAGGCACUCAAGUCCAGGUCCAAGUCCAGGUCCGAGGGAGGGAGCUGUCCGCGUUGUUUUCCGGGCAUGUGCCUUCUGCCCAUCCCCUCGGCUGUCUUCACUCACUGCUAACCCUCUGUUUGAACCAGUGCUCACUUUCCUCCCCGUGUCCCGUUGUGCCUGCACAGACUGUGGGUGGGAUCUCCGAGGACAUGGGCCCUUCCUGCAGUUGACACUUCUUUCUGGGCGGUUGAGGAACUUUAGUCAAGAUGGGGGAGGUAUUUCGGUUGCGUUCUGCAGUGUACGCUUAUUUACCUACUUUUCUUGGCAAUCGCAUCCUCGCCUGCCCUCUGUUCUCAUCCCGUGGCCUCUCCCAGUCUGGUUUUUUAACUGCUUGAAUUAUGUAGCCAAAAGAGUGGGGGGCGCUCUUCUAGUUCCCCAGACAUUUAGCCUAAAACACGUGUUGAAAAAGCAUUCUUCCAGGAUCCCUCACCUGGCCUCUGUGACCAGCACUUUCCGCCGCCAGAGAGCCAGAGCGGUGGCCCAGGCCGGGCAGCUCCCAGAGUCUGCACUGCUCUGCUCCUCCCAUGUGAGAACCCGGGGCCCAGAGCCUCCCACCCCAGGCAUGGCCAGGUGCAUCUCUGCGGCUCCUUAAGCAGCUAGACUGGAACAGCCUCCCCAGGGCCCCAGGCGGCCUCACCUUCCACACCUGCCCCGGAGGUUCUUAGGGCUCCUCUCUGAGCCAGAAGCAGGGGCCCCAGAUGCCAGACAUACCACAUCAGCACCCAGCUGCCAGGCGCCGUGCGGGCUCCACCUCGUCCUUUCCUCUUAUUUAGCUCUGAUUAAAAACACACUGCACUCCAAAUUGUGACUAGGAUCGGAAAUUAGAAUUCCUCAUUUACAGUAAGAGAGAGACCAUCUUUAUGUAUUUUUUUCAAAAGGAAUUUUUGCUUCAGAAAAAACUCUAGAAAGUAAAUGUAUUCUUGUUAAUCUAAGCAUAUGCUCACUGAAUUGGACUCUAUGCUUUGUAUAAAAUUACGUAGGAUCUGGUACGUGGGGCAAAAGGGUAUGUAUCAUCAGCUUAAAAACAAACCUUCAGUGUCGGUGGGUUUACAGCAUUGUUUUCCUAUAGGGGACCUCAAAAUUUAAGUUCUGCGUGCAAACAAAUCAGCCAGGUUGCAUGGAGUAGAUGAUUUUAUGAUGGGAAAUGUCUCCAGUGGCCUUUAGUUGAGAAAAGCACAGGCGCUUUAGCAACACUUGCUUCAUUAAAUAUCAGUGGCUUUUUCUGCUGAUGGGAUUCUUUUCAUUUUGACGCAUCUGUGACACAGCCUCUGUUUGGUUCCUCAUUCCUGUACCCCUUCAAGUCGCCAGUGACAUAGCGGUACUUGUUUUGUGUUCAAUCAUACCACUUGUGAACUGUGACGACCAUGAAAAAAUAAUCGUGUUUUCGGCAGAACAUUUUGAACACCUGUCGCGGCCCGUUCUGCAAUUGCAUCAGCAGAGCUUGGAGUGAUCAGUGGAUUUAACAAAAGCACCUCCCUCCUCCACCCCUUCCCUCCCAUCCUCAUCAGAAACUAUUGUAGAAGUACAGGCUCUGGCAGACUUCAUUUUCACACUGUAUGUUCCUGGUGACAGAGACGCUCGUACCUGUCUGUGAAUGGGGUCCAUCCAUCACUCAUUCUAAAACGUGUAGAUUCAUUCGUUGGUUUUCUCUCACCGAUCCCAGUCUUCCGCUGUGAGAGAAGACUACCAAGGGAACUCCUUGAAACAGGGCCAUAAAUUCAGUUUGACUUUCCCAGACUCAGGGCUGAUCUUCACAGUGGGCCCUGGUCCGGCAGAACAACCAGCGACACUCCUGUUGCCUGGUUGCCUGGGCGGCACCAGCCGCCAUAUGUGACAGUCGCCCUUGUCAAGAACCAGUUUUCAGCACACUCUUGUUUUGUCAUUUUCAAUGCUUUUAAUACCAUAAAGCAAAGUCCAUGAAUACCAGAUUCCCAAAAUACCGUAUCAAAACUCAUCCUCUUAAACGCAAGUCUUUGUUUAAUUAACAUAUCUAUAUUUUCUGACGUGGUACAUACAGAAGAGUUUUUAAUUUAAAUCCUGCAGCUUUUAUUAUCUGGUAAGAUUCCAAGUUGAGCAGUCUACUUAGACGUGUAUUCCGAUGAGGUUACGUGUGUUCAGAUGAGGUAUCUCGAUCUUUAAAGAAAGACCUACUACUGAAAAAAAACAGAUUUGCAAUGAAAUAGACAUAAGCUAGACAAAAGACAUGCUAUGGAAAGUUCAAAAUAUUUCAAGUACUGGGAAGUUGCAACUUGUAGAGUUAUCCUCCCCGAAUUCAGUAGGAUAGCAGAGAAAUUGUGCUAAUGUGAUUUCAUUGAAACGUCACGUCUCAAACAUCCUGUGGUACAAGCAUAUUCGUUUCUUCUGUGGAGUAGUUUUCUAUUCCGUUGCUGGUACGAAAUUUUAGUGAAGUUGAAGUAAUUUUGAAUUAGUGACCUUUCUUACGAAGUUGCUUUAUGGUUUACAAGUAAUACUGAUGCAAACAGGCUAUGUUAACUUUCUUAAAAUUAAGUAGCACGCACUUUGUUUACAAGCUUGGUUUAUUGUGGGGUAACUACGGGGUCACCCCGUUUCACGAGCACAGGAUUUGUGCUUUGGGAACAUAACUGCGUUCGUGCUGUUCUCUUGUACCAAGGAUCAGUGAAAGUGUUUUAUCUUUUUUAUGUAGUUUGUAUUGACUGGAUUUUAUAACUGUAAGAAAACAGAAACAGAGUGUUGUAUUUUGAUCUGAAAUUUGUCUAUGGUAAAGUAAUUUUGUUUUAUGUACUGGAAGUUCAUUUAAAACUUGAAAUAUUUUCUAGAAGGGUACCGAACAAACGAAUCGUCUUUAAGCUGUUUAAUUAACCUAAUAAAACAAUUUGAUGGGGAA